UCCUUGUACAAUCUCCUGAGAUUUUAUUGCGCCGGCUUCAUUAUUAAGAAUAGUAAGGAAUUUGUUUUCAGCUUCUUUUUUAUCUCCUAAAACCAUUAAAGAUGCCACGAGGAAAAGGACGAGGCAGGGGACGAUCGGCUAAACCAAAGGUCGAAGUUGUUGCGGAACCGAUGACAGUUAAUCUUUGUGAAAUAUUUUUGUAUAUAUGUUGGAGGUGAUACAAUCGGUUAUUGUCGUUCGAAUUGAGGUGUUCUAGAUUUAGACAAAAGCAGUACGAUUAUGUCAAAUGUUGCGAUUUUGAAUGUGAGGUACCAGAAACAAAGGAAGACACGAGUUUCCAGAAAACAGAGGAACCAGCCGAAACCAAAAUGGUCAAAGUUGAAGUAAAAUCGGAUGCAGAAAUGGUGGAUAUUGCUAAUCCUAAGCCUAAAGAAAAUUCUACAUUAGCAGAAGUUGAAGUUUUUUUAAAAGAAAUGAAAGAAAUUUCAGAGCUUAAUCCAGAAAAUGUGGUAAUGGGAGAUAACUCCGAUGGGACUAAAGCUGGGCUUGAGCAGACGUCGGACAUGGAGCAGUCAACUUUAGGACAAGACUUCGCCAGAUCAACCAAACAGCCAGCCAUGUUGUUAAACGAGAAAAUACCUGGUCUGAAGUACGAAAUAACGAGAAUAUCCGACGAUCCCAAGGUCCCAGAAUGCGAAAUGAAAGUAUGUGUCAAUGGUGAAGAUUUCUUGGCAACUGCACGAUCGAAAAGGCUGGCUAAACAAGAAGUUGCUCGUCUGCCUUUGAUGAAGUUCUUUAAUACUGUUUGUGUUCCAGAUGACGAAUCAUUAACAGACGUCGGAAUAAAAGCAUCAGACGGAUUAACUCACAACGCAGACGGAACAAUGUUGGGAAAACGGAAAGGAGAAAAAGUGGGUGCUCAUGGGAAGAAACGUAAACUUCAAGGUCCUGUGCGACCCAAGAAUGCUUUGAUGCAGCUGAAUGAGAUAAAACCGGGUCUUGAAUUUCAGUUCGUAUCGCAAACUGGUCCUGUUCAUGCUCCAACUUUCACGAUGUCCGUAGAGGUCAAUAAUACGAAGUUUGAAGGAGCUGGUCAAACGAAGAAAAUGGCCAAACUUCUGGCCGCUGAAAAAGCACUGACAUCAUUCGUCCAAUUCCCGAACGCGUCCGAAGCUCAUAUGGCCAUGGGUCGACAAAUAGUCACAACUGAUUUUACUUCCGAUCAGGCUGAGCCAUUGGUUAAUUUAUUUAACGAUUUUGAGGGACAUAAAAACGGAAGUAAUGGUGCAGAUGAGAAUAUGGAACAGAACCCAGAAAACGGAGUCCAAAAUCUACCUCCCGCCCGGAAAUCCAUUCCAUCGAAACCAACGGGUAAAAAUCCAGUCAUGAUAUUAAACGAACUGCGACCUGAAUUAAAAUACGAAUUUGUGUCUGAAAGUGGGGAAAGUUCGUCAAAGACUUUUGCUAUGUCCGUGACUGUGGAUAACGAAGUAUUUUGUGGAUCAGGCCGAAAUAAGAAACUAGCCAAGGCUCGGGCCGCUCAAGCAGCUCUCAAGAAAAUAUUUAACAUGGAUUUUCAGGGCACACCCGGAACGGAACCAGUUGUACAAGAUGGGGAUAAUCCUGUUUCUGCUCAACUUGCCGAUACGGUUGCUGCCAUGGUGAUAGAUAAGUUUGGAGAACUAACAGACGGGUUCACGAGUCGAUAUGCCAGACGAAAAGUUCUCGCAGGUUUUGUGAUGACAAGGGUAGAUAACUCUCCGGAAGUUAUAAGUGUUGCUACGGGAACCAAAUGUAUUAAUGGAGAAUAUAUGAGUGGACAAGGACUCUCGUUAAACGACUGUCACGCAGAAAUUAUUGCUCGACGUUCGUUGUUACGAUAUUUCUAUGCUCAACUACAACUUCACCUUGACAACAAAACAUCGGAAUCUUCCAUUUUCGAACAAAAUGGCGAUCGAGGAUUUCAACUGAAGGAAAAUAUAAAAUUUCAUCUGUACAUCAACACUGCUCCAUGCGGCGAUGCACGCAUUUUCUCACCUCAUGAAACGGAGAUGAAAGCCGGCGAUCGUCAUCCGAAUCGUAAGGCUCGAGGUCAACUUAGAACGAAGAUUGAAUCAGGGGAGGGAACUAUACCAGUUAGUAAUGAUGGUACAACCCAGACGUGGGAUGGUGUGUUACAAGGUGAAAGGUUGUUAACGAUGUCCUGUAGCGAUAAAAUAGCCAGGUGGAAUGUACUCGGAAUUCAAGGUUCCCUGGUCAGCCAUUUUGUAAAGCCGAUCUAUCUGGAUAGUAUAAUAUUGGGUAGUUUGUAUCAUAGCGACCAUCUUUCUCGCGCUGUCUACAGUCGUAUCGGCACCAUUACCAACCUCGACUUGCCUUUCCGUCUCAACAGACCUUUCCUGAGUGGCAUCAGCAACCCGGAAAGUCGUUUACCGGGAAAGGCCCCAAGCUUCAGCAUCAGCUGGUGUGUGGGAGACCCAGAAUUAGAAGUCGUCAACGCAACGACCGGAAAAACAGAAAGUGUCGAACCCCCUAAAGUGUGCAAAGCUUCGCUAUUCAAGCAGUUUCUUAAACUUUAUGGAAAACUUCCGUCAUAUUAUGUCCAGAGUGGAGAUGCUCAAGCCAAAUGUUAUUCAGAUGCGAAAAAAAUGGUCACUGAUUAUCAGACGGCCAAAAUGAACAUGAUUAAAGCAUUCCAACAGGCGGGUCUCGGCGUCUGGGUUCAGAAACCGGAUGAGCAGGAUCAGUUCGAAGUGGACGUCGAAGAGCAGGUUUAAUAGCUUUUAACGUCACCUGACACCCAAGACUACGGGAUUAAAAAUCGGUGAAAGAUUUUCUCUAAAAUUGCCUGCUCUCUUCUGGAUUAACAGACUCGACGAUUGUCGACAUUUGUCGUUCUCAUAAAACAAAAGAUUUCAUUGGUUGGUUCUGCGACUGUGAUUUUUGAUAUCCAAUCGAAAACUGUGUGAUAUUGGCAUCCUGAAUGAGCAUUUUAAUUUUGAGUUCAUUAUCGGUAGUCUAUUACAUCCAGGCAUUCAACAGACAACUUACAGAUUUGACCAAAGUUAGAAGUAUAUAAUUGGUGUCAUUUUAGUAAUUAAUCGGUAAUUAGACAUUUAUAUUGACUAGCGACGUUUCGGCAAAUGUACUCUCAUCUUUAACAUCCUAGCAGACUAACAAGACUAAACCCUGGUCUAAAAUAUUUUCUCUUCUCCGGGAAAUAACAGACGGCUGACAUGUCCUGUUUCCCCAAAGUGACAUGUCCAACAUCGUCAAAUUUCUACCCAUGGUAGAAUCGGUUGUCAGGCUAGUUCAGGAAGUCAAAAUUCGCCAAGGAUAUAUUGACCAAUCAGGUGUUGGCGUAUAAUGUUUCUGUUGACUAAUAACUGGUCCAUGUGAUCGCUUGGUGAAUGACUGGUAAAACAAGCUUUUGGUGGUGUCCAGACUCUUUAUACCUUGGCAGAGUUUGGGAUCAGAAACAGACGUCAUAUUAUAAAUUUUCAACGCCUUCUGUCGUAAACUUCUAGGUUAGACAUAGAUAGAAAUUGCCUAUAGAUCUCCGCUCCCAGCCGGACAAUUGAUUCUGUUGUCUGCCGUAAGUGGAGUCCUGACUCCUUCUUGCAAUGGCAAGGGUUGUUGACAUCAACAACUCUGUCGUCUGCUGUAGCUUCCAUGUUUUACUUCGUUAUCACUUGGUAUAUCUUUAACAAAUGAAGAGUCCCGGGGCAGGACAAUCUUAGUCACUUUUUCAACGAACCCCAGUUAAUGGCGCCAUCUGGUAGCAAAUUGUUUAAGCUUUCUGUGGAACAAUCAAUUUCAGGUAAAAACGAUCGGAGUCACAUCGAACCAAGGCCCUGAUGAAAUGGCCUCCUGGACAAAUACAAGUCCAUCGUACCCUUUAUUAACCCUAAUUUGCCUGAAAAGUUGAAGUCAGUUGUACUGGUAAUUAUGAUUCGUAUUAAACAUCAUUUUGAAGUUGUAAUAAAACCCAUUCAUUGUUCUGUUCUCGUCCAAAAGUCUGUUUUGCCGUUUAGCGAAAAGACAAAAAUGUGACUUAGAUCGUUCUUCCCCUGGACUCUUCAAAUGACCUUGUGAAGUUUGUCAGAAAUUUUCCUGUUUCCAUUACUAUUAUAUUAUUAUUAUUAUUAUUAUCUUCAAUUUGUUUAAUAUCACAUAUCACAAAAGCCUGGAUAAUCACAUGUCAAGUCUGUGAGCUAGAGAUUGGAUUAUCAAGACUGAUCGCCCAUGAGAGCAGACAGAUUUAAACAAGAGGAAUAAACUGGAUAGACUCAUCGUUCUCAUAUUUUUAUUAAUUUACUCACAACAAAAAUAUCUGAGUGGCGGUUAAUUAAUUAUGAAAGUUGAUUCCCUCCUUUCACUUCACCCGGGUCAGAAUCUUCAAAUUUCUACAUAUGACGUUUUUUCUUUUUUUUUUUCAUUUGCAUUUCUCAUUGUAAAAAUGACUGGUAAACAAAAAGACUUGAUAAAAUUAUGGUUUAGAUCUAAUUAUUAAGGCCACGUGCAGAUUUGGUCAAAGGUCACGAGGUGUAAACAUGCUAACUCUAGCCCUGGUUGUGCGAUAGCUUACUGGUAAAGCGCAGGACUGGCAACCUCGAGGCGAAUGGGUGCUGUUAUGGGUUUGACUCCUGUAAGGGUUAGGAAACAUUAGACCUACGACCCGUGCUUUCUGUGGAGGGAUCGGUAAGGACCCUCACCUACCGAUAACCCUACCCCGAGACUUAGUCGUAGCAGUUACCCUAACCCUAACCCACAAUCUCGUCAACAAUCAGUGCCCCUAACCCUAAUUACAUCUUUGUGACCUUGAUGAAAUCUGCAGGUGACCUUAACAUUUAGAUCUAGCUGAAUUCAUGAGGAUUGGAUUAAAGAAUGAUGAUUUUAAGUUUUUCAUUUUAAAAAUUAAAUCCCGAACAUGUUCGUACGUUUUUCAUUUUAGACAAAAGUUGUUUUAUGAAUAUUGUGUUGUGCCUGGCCUUCGUGACUUUAUCUUUAACGACAUUCAGCAUGUCCUUUCUUCUUCUACAGUAAUUACUUCAUCAUGAUUCAUGAUACGAGACUUAAUGUUAAAAAGGUUUCUGUUUACUUUGGUUGAAAUACACACAACGCAGUUGUCAUUUAAAGAUACAUUAUGUAAGAUUUAGAUAAAGAGCUAGCCAUUCUUGCUAUAAUAGUUCGAAAAUAGAUAAUGGAAAAUAAUUUGAAAAAUGUAUUCAAAUUACCUUAUUCCGAGCGAAAAUAUUAGCCUUUGAAGGUUUGACAUUAUUAGCUUAAAUCAAAAUGGGGCUGACCUGUUCUAAUCUAUUUAAUAUCGGAGAAAUCCGAUGCCAUCGAAAAUUGAUUAUGGUCUGGAUAGGUUAAUUAAUGUCUUAUUAAUAAUUUAGAUAACAUUUCAGGCCUAAAGAAAUACCUGCAAUAGGCAGAUUUAGCUCUUGCAUAAUGUAUGUUUAACAGGCUAGGUGUUUAAUCAAGUGAAAGGAUUUUUUUUUUAAGGUUAUAUUUCUUUUAUCAUAAAUAUAGUUGAGAUUGCUGUUUGACUGAAUGUCGAAUAUUUUCAUUGUAAAUCAUUAAAUCAGACAAACAGUCAUGAAUUGUUGAAAUUGAGAAAUUACGACUUAACACACACACGCAAUUUUUUAUAUUUUUUUUUUGUCUGGUCACAAAAAGGGUAUGAUAGUGAUCAUAUAAAUGUUUGAAUUUGAGUCAUGCUUUUUAAUAUUAAAAUUUGAAUGUUGUUUUGAAGAUAUUUUAAGAGAUAUUUUGAUAUUUGUUAUUUAGUGUUUUAUUAUUACAACUAGUGAAAUAUGAUAUUUUAAUUUGUCCAUAACAAAAAUAACACAUGGUAUAUAUGGAUAUAACUACCGGUAGUUCUCUGAACUUAUGGGAGGGGUUGGAUGGCCGAAUGGUUAGCAUGUGCGCGCGCUGUAUCAUAAAGUCUGUCAUUGAGUCAACUGGUGUGGUUUCAACUCCCCGGUUGUACAUGACAAGGAGUAGGGUCGCUUGUCCUACCUCGUGGUUUUUCUUCGGUUUUCUCCCAGUGCUAAAGAACCCUACACGCAAGCGAAUGAUUGAAAUAAAAUUGAACUAUAUGUUAGUCCCAAAAUGACCUAGUUUGUGUCGACGAGUGGACGUUAAACUCCAUUUCUCUCUCUCUCUCUCCCAGUUACAUGGACAGAUAGAUUUUAAUUCCGAUCUUUUAUGGGUGAAACAAGUCAGAAUAUUUAUAAAUUGUUUAUAUUAUGAAAAGAUUGAUUUGAUAUUGUCCUUUAUACCCCCUAUCAGACCGGGGUGGCAUCCUUACUGCACUGCUAUGGCGACGGAAAAUGGUCUCAGAGCACAUCAAGAUCGCCAUAAGCAAUGUAAAAGUGGGGUGAAAACUCCAGAUAUCGUGCUGUGAUCUCCAUGGUCGCCAAUCAUUUUUGAGUCACGGCGUUUGUUUUGAGGAUGUUCAAAACUAAUGCCAAGGUUCUGCGAUCUGACCUGGAAAGCUGUGAAAACGCGACUUUUUUCAAGUUUGUAAUUUUUUGGGACAUUUUCUCGUAUGCUCACGAGGCAUAAAUAUCAGAGAAGUAGUUAUAUAUACCUUGUGUUGUGCUUUUGUUGUGAAUUUUAUUUGACAACUGUGUAAAAUAUGUAAAAACUAAUUCAACAAAAUAAAGAGAUAUCACAAUAUCUAUACAAUAUCUACCAUAAUAGGAUAAUAAAUUCAGUAUACUAUGUAGUCUCUAUCAUCCAGAAAAAUAUUCUACGAAUAAUAGUCUGGAUGGGUUGAGAAUAAUAAGUCAUUGGCUAGAUUAUCCAGUCUUUUACAUUUUCAUGAACAAAGUCUAAGGGAGGUAACUAGUCCUAAAAGAUGUCGAAUAGCCAUUUCAGAAAAUCCAUUUGCAUUGCCAGUUCACUAUCCAACACUCUUAAUAAAUUUUAUUGUAAAAUUUCUCACUUCAUGGGCCAUCUAUGUUUUCUUAAUAAAUCUUAAUUCGUUGUCACGAUUCAUCUUUGUUUAUAAAAAUGCAUGAAUUAUGGGAUUUAUUUCGGAAAGGGGCACAACUCUUACUUGACUUGUCCAAAGAUACUGGAUAAUCAACCACAUUAAAAAAACAAACUCCUGGUCACGCAUGGGCAAUUGGACUUUUCGUCAAAUAUUGACAAUGGUCCCAGACCCUCCGCAAGUGGAAGACUAGGAGGUUCUGGGUGACCGAGACUAUAUACACCACCAAAAAGACCAGUUUCUUAAUGGAUGUUUGACCACGAUCGAAGUCAAAAACUAGUUUGUCAGAAAUUGUAUGAAUCAUGCUUCAGAUUCUCUGGUUAAACUGCCAUCAAGAAUCACGAUGAAAUUAGUAUUCAUACAAAUAUUACAAUUCUAAUAACUUUUUAAACAUUAUUUUAUCUGAUUUUUUUAUGAUCAAAAUGGAUAGAUUUCAUCAAUUAUUUUGUCUCCUAUGAAAUAUUUACUUAUAUUAAUUCCAUGCAAUCAACUAAUAUUUAAAAAUAAACAAAUAAUUGAAGAUUUGCAUAAAGAAAUCAAAAAAUGCUUUAAAAAUGGAACAAAAAUUGACCCUUUCUGUUUGAAUGAAAAGUUAGAACAGCAUUUUUAUUUUUUUUUAUAAACAAUAUUUUUUUCAGAUUUGUCGCCUAUUUUGGACUCAAGGCAUAGCCUAUUGUGGACCCCUGUCCCUAGCAUUUAAAUAAUAACCUAAAAUAUUUGAAUAGGAAAAUAUAUUGAAUUGAAAGAUUCAUUUGAAGAGAUUCCAGACAUUCAAAAAUUCCAAUUGAAUCAAAUAAUGACAUAGGGUUUGAAUCACAAUGCAGAAUAGUCCAAUGGUAAAAUCAACAUUUAAUGUUAGCGUUCAUUGUCUUAAUGCCUCAUUUUUGUCAUAAAACUUCUAAAGUUGAUCCAUUUUAACAUUUUAUUCAUACAUUUAGAUUUAAAAUCAGCAUUAGGACUUUUUGCUCAUUUCUGAUAUUUUAACUAUAUUUUUUGUUGGUUGAUUUUUGUGGGUGUUUUUCUUCUUAGGCUUGUAUAUUGUAGAUAGUAAAUAUGGAAAAGUAAUUUUACUACCAGGUAAAUAUUAUUAGGCUUUUUACCUGCGGGAGAAUCAGAUCAGACACAUUAAAGUAAUUUUAAAGAUGCAGUAUGCAAGAUUUCAAUCUGAUUAAAGGGACAAUACCACUCUUGUUGUAACUGAAUAAUAUGGCCCAAUCUUUAUUCUGAUCAACAAAUUGUACUAUUUUACAAUAUUCCAAUUAAUUGAUGAUACAAAUUUCAUCUUAACACACCUAAUUUAAAAAUUGGACAAAUUCAACUAAAUGAUUUGAAAAGCCUGACAUAAAGCUUUUCAAAUGUGACUUGGAUUUAAAACUAUUUUUGAACCCUCUGGACAAGUAAAAUAGGAUUUAAUGGAUAAUUUACACAACAGGUAGGACACUAACACAUCUAGUACUUAGAAUAAGGCUAUUUUUUAUUUUCUGGAGCUGUAAAGCCAGCAAGAGUGUUAUUGUCCCUUUAAAACACAGAUCCCAUUUCGUUUUGUUUUUUAUAGUUCAUAUAGUUUAUAGUUUAAAUUUCGUUAUAAUUGUCUUUACUACACUAGGAUCUGGAAGAGUUGUUAUAUAACUCGCGUUCUGGAUGAUGCGAAGGAUUAGCCAAUGAAAUGGUUUGUUACGGCGAGUUUUUGCUGUGAGGUGCAAGGAACUUUGGGUAAACCACAAGAAACGUCAACGCUGAUUGAUUAAUCAAUGUCUGACGUCAUAGGGUCAAAAGCCGCUCGUAUGACCUCUGAUGCAACCUUCCACUACCACCUGUCAGAUGUUCAUGUAGUGUAGGCCAUCAAAAGUAUAAAAAACGAAACGAAAUAUAGAUCUGUAUUAUAAUCAGAUUGGUAAGAUUUAGAAAAAAGGGCUGGUCGUUCUUGCUAUGUAGUUCAAAAAUAGAUAAUGAAAAAUGAACAUAUUGAAAAUUUCAGUCAAAUUACUUUAUUCUUAGCAAAGUUAUGAAUAAUUGAAGUUUUGACAGAAAAUACACUAAAUUGGCCGAUUGCCAGUUCAUAUUCUCAAUUUUUUGCCCCUUUAUUUUUUCUUAUUUCACGUUGUAUAGAUAGAUUAUCCAGUCACAAUAAAGCCUUAUUACCAUCUU